CCAAACGAACUGCUGAUCGACCAAAACGAUGGUGUCUCCUUCGCUUUCUACCUCGUUCGCGUCAGCCUCCUCCUCCUCRACGAAARGAGGAAUGCGGGCCCCGACAUCGCCCGCGGCCACUGCUUCUGUCCAGGUGGUGGUGCGGGUCCGCCCCUUGAACGACAGGGAAAAGAAACACGGAACUCUACCGGUGGUGAGCGCUAGCACCUCCGACAAGACCGUCACAGUGAUCAAAGGGACCGGAUCCCGCCAGAUCAAAUCCUCGUACAAAUUUGAUAACGUAUUCACGUCGUUUUCGACCCAGGAAGACGUAUUUGAGGCGACUCUGCAGCCGAUUAUACGAGACGUCUUGAUGGGGUACGAAAGCACCGUUUUUGCCUACGGUCAGACGGGAACGGGGAAAACGCACACAAUGGAGGGAGAUUUGUCGCAAGCCGACCAACACGGGGUUAUUCCCAGGUCGGCGGCUGCUAUUUUCGAUGCUCUGAAUAAGAACCCGGAGUACACCAGCUCGGCUGUCUACUGUAGUCUGCUCGAAAUCUAUAACGAAGAGCUAUCCGAUUUGCUCGUUGUCGAUAAUGGAAGCACAUGCGGCAAUACCAAAAGCAGCAAACGAGGGGGGAGUGUGUCUUCGUCGAAAUCGGGAAAUGCGGCGGCAACAAAAUUGGCCAUAAUGGAAGGGGAACAUGGACCCUUUUGUAGGGGAUUAUCGGAGACCAAGGUCACAAGCGCCUCGGACCUGCUUGCACUUAUGCAGACCGCACACCAACAGCGUCAGACCGGAGAAACCCUCAUGAACAAGGAAUCCUCCAGGUCACACUGCAUUUUUACCCUGAGGGUCGAGGCCAAGCGUCAGCUGGUAGAUGGUUCGGUGCUAGAGGUGGGAGGCAAACUCCACUGCGUUGAUCUGGCCGGAAGCGAGUGCGCCAAGUCCUGCGGAAACGCGGGAAAGCAACAGGCGGCUCGGGAACGAGAGCGCAUGAAUAUCAACCGGUCGUUGCUGACUCUUGGGCGGGUGGUGAAGCUGCUSAAAGAAAGGAGCCAGCAGAGCGGUAGCGGUGGCAGCAGUGUCCGAAUUCCGUACAGGUACGAAUCGUUUYACAGCAACGGAAUCAAUUUGUCCCCCUUUCGACCUAGUUGUUUCUGACUCUCUUUUUUCUUGGYACGACAUUGCAUCUUAAUCAUCUCCAGAGAUUCGAAGUUGACUCGGAUUCUCCAAGAAAGUCUCGGGGGAAGAUGCAAGACGUGUUUGAUUGCCACAAUUUCGCCUUCUGUCACGGCAAUCGAAGAAUCCAUGUCGACACUCAAUUAUGCACAGGCGGCCAACGGGAUCAUCAACAAACCGGUCACAACGUCGCUCAUGACAGUUGGGGGAGGAUCGUCGUUCGCAUUUGACGGCAGCAACAAGUCUUCUGCGGAGGGGGCAGGGGGAGCAGCGGGGACAUCCRUAGAACACUGGCACGAAAUGGAAUGCCGACUUGAAUAUAUGCAGUCACAGGUAGAGGAAGCACAGCAGGCUUUGGCUCGAAAACACAUUCAGCAGCAAGAAUUGGUGGAGCGGGCRGAACAAGCCGAGAUGGCAAAACAACUGGCCGAGCGAAAUUUUGAAAAGGCUACACACGAAAUUUCGAUUCUCGAACGCAAGGUGGAGGRGAUCACGGAGCAACUCGAAGAAACYGAAAAYUCACUUCGUGAUACAAGGAUUAUCCUCGGCGCUACGCAACAAACCGAAGWUUCGUUAACCAAGGAAGCAACUGCACUGAUUCAAGUUUURAAAACAACCAUUAAGGAYGGUGACAACAUGCAUCAAGAAUUGCUCGAAAAGAGGAAGGAGGAACUAGAUCGCAAGGYGGCUACCAAAGACUAUAAAGCAAAGCAGAUAUCAUUGCUCAACGAGUUGCUACAACACCUAGAACUCAUCGAGGAGACACAACAGAGAUAUCGCGUCGAAAUUGAAUCCGCAAACAAAGAUCACAGCUCGAGGGAAUUGGAACUGCUGCAGAAUCAUUCUACGGUUGUGAAACAAAUCAAAAAGAAUUGUGUCUCGGAAAUCGAAGCAUUCCAAAAAUCAACUAAGAAUAAUCUUUUACCGAUUGUUCAUGGACUCGUCUCGUCUGCGAAAGAAAAGUUGGAUGCACUGUCAGCACAAUUUAAGCAUGGCGACGAAAUUCUCCAGUCUCGUUGCCAAUCGGUCCUAAGUCGAUUGAGCGAGAAUUGCAAUGCCAUCUCCAAGCUGGAAUCGGCAUAUCUCUCCUCGUCGGAAAGUGUACUAGAUACCCUUGCCACUCAACUCGAAGCUUCCAAAGAAAAUCUAUCGACGGCCGUCGCAGAAAUUACUGCCAAACUCGAAGAAGAUAGGGGAAUCCGACAAAUUCAUCGAGAUGAAUUGGUCAAAUCCAYGGGAACGUUUCAAUCACAUUGUCACACAUCUAUCGAUCAAAUGAAAMAUUCAACGGCUUUCCACACAGCAACAUUGAACAAAUUUGUCGAAGGGAUCAAGGAAAACCAAUUAUCUCGCUCGAAUACUCUGCAAUCUUUGUCAAGCAUGRAUGGAUAUUUGAAAGACAAAAAUGCUGAGUACGUCAAGAAACUUGAACACCAGUGUUCCGUCUUAAAAGAGCAACAUGAAGCACUUGUUGCAGCCCACCAAAGACAGCAGAAAAUGAACAAAGCCCUUGUGACAAAUGUUAUGAGCGGCAUGCAAUCUCUCGUUGAAAAGGAAAUGCGUGCCAUCGAUCAAUUCCAAUCCGACAGCUUUGGAUCCCUUCUAGCAGCCAACGAAAAAUCAAAAGACAGCAACGCUGCCAUUCAUCAGACGAGCUUAGAUGUCUUUGAUUACCUUGGUACAACCAACGGUCAUUUGGAGAAUGAUAUUCGAAACAACUUUAACGGUCAAGACCAACUCGGAUCUGCCCUCCAACAGGAAUCUUCSGCUUUCGACGCCAACAUGAAGACCUCGUUUGAAGGACUUCGUAACCCUAUUGACACCUUUGCCAAUGAGACAAUGAAUACUUUGCAAUCCUUAGAGAAGGAAGACCUCAAUACAACAGAGUCAAUCAUUCACACGACAAGACUUCAAGUCGAAACUGCUACAAAUCAAUCGGCAUCAAGAAUUCAAGAAGGGGCAAAGAAGGGAAUUUCAAGUCUCAAUGAAUCGACCGAACAAGGAUGGAAAUACGUGAAAGAAGAAGUUCUCGAUACGGUCCGAAAUGAUCUGUGCCAAAUUCAAGGUGAUCAGAGUCAGGUCUGUUCUGCUUCGAAAGAGAGUAUCACUGGCAUCGGCGAAACACUUGAUGCUGAUGAAAAUGCAGCCAGCGAGCAAAUCCGCAAGGGACAGGAAUAUAUCUCUUUGGUGGAGAAACACUUGGAGGAUGGUAUCGAUGGAAGUUUUGCUGGCAGCGUCGAUCAGCAUCGGGAGCACAUUGAGGAUUCUCAAUGGUUGGAAACAGCACUUCAGAAACAAGUCGAAGCCAUGGGAGGGCAUUUAUGCAAUUCCAAGGAUGCUGUGUCCAUGAGUUCCAAGCAACUCGAAAACCUUGCGCACAACAUUCACCGUCUCCACGAGGAACCAGUCGAUAUUCCGUGUCGCAACAUUCCCGAAUAUUCGGAAUCGCUCACGUUCACGAAAGAUCCACAGGCGAUUCUCCGAGAAUCUCAGUUCGAAAACAGCGACUGUGGCGAGAGCAGCAAGGAAAAUACUCCAAUGACAUCGAAGGAUUCGGCAUUAAGCAACAAUCUUCAUGCCGACAAGAAGAAAGUGCACUCGACCAGCCAGAAGGGAGCUGUGUUAAACGAUCGAUCGGGGAGUUUGAACUCCCAGCCGACACCGACCAGCCGCAUGAAAAAUAUAAGAUUGAAUGCGAACGAAUCGCCUCCACUGAAACGGACUGCUGCAGAAAACAAUGUCAAAACGGGCAUUCCUUGCGGUCUGCGAAAGAGGAGCAAGCGCACGAAAGUCUCUCAGAAAUAAUCCCAUAGUAUUCCAAACAUAACAAGCCGACAUGGUUUGGAGGUGUCUCCGCUACGCAGUUUUAGUACAGCAGUCCAAAAAAUCAAAACACUAGUUAGUU